UUCAAUUUCUAAAUUUCGUACCAGAUUUCUUCGUUGCCUUUAAAUGAUGAAACUGACAUGGUGAAAGAAGAAGAAGAAGAAGAAGAAAAAGAAUGGCAGGCUCAGACAAGAUGAAAUGGAGAAGUUGAAUCUGCAAUCGGAUCGAUGAGGGCGCCGCGCCCCUCAAAAGAAACGGAAGCUGGGCACUUGGGUUUUGACAAGCAGUCAACUCAGCACAUUAUAUAAAGCGUUGCAGGAAAUGGACGAUAGCCAAGGGAAGGAGACGAGGCCUGCCUCAAUGGAAGAUCAAGAAAUUUCUUCUUCUUCUAUAGCUACUACUGUUGCAGUUCCUACCAUCCCUACUGAUAUCACAAUUACCAUCCUCUCAAAACUCCCUGUAAAGUCCCUCUUAAGGUUCAGGUGCGUUUCCAGAGAUUGGCGCGCCAUGAUCGACUCGAAACGCCUCAUAGAACUGCAACUCGAUGAAGUCAAGCGGAAGAAGAACCUGUCGUUCGUCGUCGAAACGACCAAAGAGCUCCAUUUCUUCGAUGCCAACGAUAUGCUCUUCCACCUUCGGAAGGACGAGCUGUGGCUAGGCGUUCCGGCACCCCCACAGGGAAGCGUCCAAUCCGAGACCCGUCUCUCCGUCCUAUCAUGGUGCGACGGCCUCUGCUGCUUGGCCGCCAACGUCUCUCUCAUUACCGGAGGAAGGUGCCCCAUCAUCUACCAAAUCGCCAACCCCUGCACACGGUCGAGCGUGAAGCUCCCGGAGUCUCACCUGAGCAAACCGACAAUAUGCCAGAUUGUUCGGGAUUCCGUCUCCGGCGCCUAUAAAUUGCUGGUCAUUGAGAAGCAUCCCGAUUUCAGUUGUGAGAUCUUAACCAUCGGCACGAACGUCUCGUGGCGGAAGCUCGCCGGGGCCUACGGGUCCGACCAGCCAUUGCUGCAGAUGGCGGCCGUCUGUGGGGCUACGCACUGGAUCUAUCGUCCCAAUUUUUACAGCACAACCCUCCAUGCCGCUGAAGAUUCGUCGGCGCUGAUCGUCGCAUUCGACAUUGGGGACGAGACGUUUCGGACUAUACCGUAUCCCCUACGCGUGCUUCCGGACGAGAACCUCGAUUUCGUGGCGGAGUUUCGAGGGUCGCUGUGCUUGCUCCACUUCGAUGUCGCCGACCAGAAGAUGGAGUUCUGGGUGCUGAAGGACUACGCGAGUUCGGUUUGGAGCAGACACCACAGUGUGAGGUUCGAGCUCCUUCGCAGAACGGUGGAUUGCUGCUCCAUGCGUGCAGCUUAUAUGGGGACGACGGGUGAUGAGAAGAUCGUUUUCAUGGUCAGAUUGAUGGAGCGGCCGGAUGAAGACGAUCACGAAGUGUACAUUUUCGCCUUUUACCUCUGGGAAGAACUCACCAUCUCCUACUGUCCAGAUCGCAGGACGUUCCGACUGGAGAAACGGAGAGUUGCAGAGGAUUUGAAAUCCGAGCUCAGCUUAGGCAUUGAAACCCUGGCAUGUGUUGGGCAUGACGCCACCGAGGUCAAGACUCCGCAUGAUUUCCUGUAAAUAUAAAUGGGAGACACCGUAGUCUUUUUCGCUCGAUGGCACAAUAAAUUUGUUUUCCA